UGAACCGACUCCCCAAAUACCAACCACCAUUUAUCUUCGGGCUUUCGUAGUUUCACCAUUCCUCCGUUAUCUGUGUAGUACUUUAGUAUUUAAGACAAAUGUUAUUGUUGUUUUUUCAUACGUGACUGUGAGGUCGCCAUAAAUUCAUGACGAGGUUAAUUCUUCAAUAGGCAUUUAGGCUGAAUAUUUCUUUGGAUUACAGUGAUUUUGUCUUUAUUAUAAAGUUACAAUUUGCUUUAUUCCAAAUCAUUUCUGCGUACAACCAUCUGAUUUCAAUUUACAACUGUCAUCAUGGUCGCACAAAAAAUGUGGUCUUUGAUAUUGGUGGCGAUCUUGUUAUCCUCCUCUGCCAAUGCUGGGCCGAUCGCGGCGGGCGUUUGCUACGCUGGAUGUGCUGCCGUCACGGUUGCAUGUUUUUCGGCCGCUGGUUUUACGUUUGGCACGGUUCCCGGAGCCGUGAUUGCGGCUACUCCGGUUUUAGCUGCGUGCAAUGCAGCGUUUGGAGUCUGUGAAGCUAGUUGUGUGGCGGCAUUAUUCGUGCCCGUGCCUUAGCCGAGGCUAUUUUCUUUAUAAAAGCUCUUAUUGUAAUGAUAGUGCUUUGAAAAAAAAAAAAUAUAAUACAUUUUUUUCUAUACAUAAACAUUUUGCAUUAGAGUGCUAGAAAAACCAUGUAAUCAUCAAGUAUAAAAAUUAACUUAAAUAAAUAACCAGUGUUAUAAAUAUACUGCUUUGAUUUUCUUCAUUA